AUGCUCGAAGUAGGAGGGAAGUGUCUAGCAUACCAUGGGCCCAUGCUUUAUGAGGCCAAGGUUUUACGCAUCUGGAAUCCGACCACUCAGAGUGUUUCCGUGGUUCAGGAUGGUCAAGAGGUUUCGGUAUCCAUGAAAAAGGAUAAGGAGGAAUUGUCGGAGGAUACCAAGGCAUUAGGCGGAGUUCCUGAGUCUUUAGCAGGUCAAGAAUGUUACUUUGUGCAUUAUCAGGGCUGGAAGUCUACCUGGGACGAAUGGAUUGGGUUGGACAGAAUACGUGAAUACAACGACGAAAAUCUAGGGUUGAAGAAAAGGCUCAUCGAAGAGGCAAAAGAAGCUAAGAAGCAACAGCAAGAGCAGAAGAAGCGCAAGGAAAAUGUUCUCAAGAGAGGUAGACCGUCUGAAACCGGCACUGUUCCUAGAACUUCAUCAUCAGGUCGUUCUUCUUCUAAUCCCGGUGAAAACGGUAAUACCACGACAAGCGGUAACAAUGGGACCAGCAGCACUAAACAGGGGUCGCAUGGCCCCACUACCGCGGGAACGGUGCCGCUUCCACAAGGUAGUGCGCCCAAGAUAACGUUACACAUUCCGGUAAAAUUGAAAUCACUGCUUGUGGACGACUGGGAAUACGUGACGAAGGAUAAAAAAGUGUGCAAGAUACCGUCACCAGUACUAACGGUGCAGCAGCUGCUAGAGGAGUAUGAAGCUAGUGCUUCGAACGAGCUGGAAUCACCAGCACAACAGUCCCAAUUGUCAGAAUACUGUAUGGGUCUGAGGCUUUAUUUCGAGCGUAGUCUCCCUUUACUACUGCUGUACAGAUUAGAAAGACUGCAAUACGAAGAACUUUUACAAAAGGAAAAAUACGCAAAUACGAGUGUACUACACCUGUAUGGGCCUAUUCAUUUACUAAGGUUACUGAGUAUUUUGCCCGAUCUUAUGGCGACAACAACGAUGGACGGUCAAAGUUGCCAGUUGAUUGUAAGGCGAACAGAGCACCUGUUCGAAUGGAUAGUAACGAAUAUGGAAAGAUUAUUUAACGGUAAGGAGGAAACUUAUGUGAAUACAUCGAGUCAAUACGAAGGUGUAGCUUUAGGUUUAUAA